AUGAACGGCGACACCUACCUCUCAGUUUUGGAGAGCGAGUUGCUAGCAAGCAUUCGCAUCACCGUCCUGGACUGGCCUGCGAACUCUCCCGACCUCAACCCCAUCGAAAAUGCGUGGAACAUGGUCAAGAACAAGAUCUACCAGGAGAGGGAGAUCAAGAGCAAGGCCGCGUUGUGGGAACGCUUCCAAGCGGUCUACGAAGAAGUGCUCACGCCAGAGGUCUGCCGCGAUCUCAUUUCAUCGAUGCCGCGCCGCAUUCAAGCUGUGAUAGAUGCCAAUGGUGGUCAUACCAAGUACUGA